AUGUCCAAAUUUGAACUUGAGAAUGAAUUGUACGAAGCCUUGAAAAAAACACAAAACAAGGGAGGUGAAGAUGAUCAACCAACAACAACAUUUGCAGAAGAAAAUGAUGAUGCGGAAUAUGAAGAUGAUGAAGAAUAUGAUGAUGAAGAUUUCGGAGAAGAAGAAUAUGAAGAAGAAGUUGUAGAAAUUAGUGAGAAUGAAAUGUUAGCCUUGUUGGAUCAACAACAAGAUCCUUUUGAAGUUUGUCAACAAAUCUUUGAUAAGGAAAAAUUAUUUGAAGCAAAUCCCGAACAAGUCUUGAUUGAACCAAAUGUAACUGUUCAACAUUUUAGAGAUUUAUAUAAUAAUGGUUAUGUUGUGGUGGAUAAUUUCAUUCCUUUUGAACAAGCUCAAGAAAUUCAUGAUUUGGCAAAGAAACUUUCACAUACUUUUAAACCAGCUUGUGAAAUGAAGAUGAGUUAUGAAGAUGAAGCAGAGGAUACUUUUAGAGAUAAUACAGCAAGAAGUGAUGUGAUUCGUUGGUUGCAUCCUAAGGAUUUUACUUCUGAAUUGACUGAUGAAAGCAAAAAGACAUCCCUAUCAUGUUGUUGUACUGAUAGCAGUGAAGAUAUUAUACAAUGGAAGGGAAAUGAAACUUUGAGAGGAGUUGUUCUUAACAAGUUUAAAGUCAUUCAAAAGAAAAUCAAUGAAUUUGCACCUUGUGUUAAAUAUGAUGAUGCUAAAAUGGAAUUAAUGUGGAGCUUGUAUAAAUCUCAUGGAACUUACUAUGAAAAACACAGAGAUUCAUUCCCAAGCAAUGGAAAGGAUGAAGGUCCAUUGGAUCAACGUAAAGUAACUGCCCUCCUCUAUAUGAAUACUGAAUGGAAAGAUGAAUCAGAUGGUGGCCAAUUGAAGAUUUUCAUCAAACCAGAAAAUGCAUCCAAACACACUGAAAGAACAACCAAGCUCAUUAACCCAACUGCUGGUCGUUUAGUUUUAUUCUUGAGUGGUGCUCUUGAUCAUGAAGUGAUGGCUUCUUUUAAGGACAGAGUAGCCCUUACUUCUUGGUUGUCAUAA